CUCUGCAGCACCACUCCUGCGGAAAAGCUGCACUCAGAAGGAGCAGACACAUUCCAGCUCGUGUUCCCACCUGUUUAACUGAAGCCUAAAGAUGUCCACCAAGGAGAAGCUGAUCGGCCACGUGAUGAAGGAGGAGCCUGUUGGCAGCAGGAACAAGGUCACGGUGGUGGGUGUCGGCAUGGUGGGCAUGGCCUCUGCCAUCAGCAUCCUGCUCAAGGACUUGUGUGAUGAGCUGGCCUUGGUUGAUGUGAUGGAGGACAAGCUGAAGGGUGAGGCCAUGGACCUUCAGCACGGAUCCCUCUUCCUCAAGACACACAAGAUUGUGGCAGACAAAGACUACAGUGUGACAGCCAACUCCAAAGUGGUGGUGGUGACGGCCGGAGCCCGCCAGCAGGAGGGCGAGAGCCGUCUCAACCUGGUCCAGCGCAACGUCAACAUCUUCAAGUUCAUCAUCCCAAACAUCGUCAAGUACAGCCCCAACUGCAUCCUGAUGGUGGUUUCUAACCCAGUGGAUAUCCUGACCUACGUGGCCUGGAAGCUGAGUGGUUUCCCCCGUCACCGUGUCAUUGGCUCUGGCACCAACCUGGACUCUGCCCGUUUCCGCCACCUCAUGGGAGAGAAGCUUCACCUCCACCCCUCCAGCUGCCACGGCUGGAUCAUCGGAGAGCAUGGCGACUCCAGUGUGCCCGUGUGGAGCGGUGUGAAUGUUGCAGGAGUUUCUCUGCAGGCCCUCAACCCACAGAUGGGGGCUGAGGGUGACAGUGAGAAAUGGAAGGAAGUUCACAAGAUGGUGGUUGAUGGAGCCUAUGAGGUCAUCAAGCUGAAGGGCUACACUUCCUGGGCCAUCGGUAUGUCCGUGGCUGACCUGGUGGAAAGCAUCAUUAAGAACCUGCACAAAGUGCAUCCUGUGUCCACACUGGUUCAGGGCAUGCACGGUGUGAAAGACGAGGUCUUCCUGAGCAUCCCUUGUGUCCUGGGCAACAGCGGCCUGACAGAUGUGAUUCACAUGACACUUAAGCCCGAUGAGGAGAAGCAGCUGGUGAAGAGCGCUGAGACCCUGUGGGGAGUACAGAAGGAGCUCACCCUGUGAAGUGCGCUCCUCUGAAUCCUCCAGUAUCAACACCGUUUGGUUGACUCCCUCCUUCCGUACCUCCUGUGACCCUCACAGCAACAGGCAAAUGAAACCUCUGAAUAUUUAAAAAGGCCAAGUGUUUGUAGCUAAACCACUGUAAGCUAGAUUUUUACAAAGAUAUUCACACAUGGCUGUCAUUUUCCUUUUGCUGCCUCCCACCCGUCCUCCUCCCUCCAUGACUGAAUUCUCAGAAACCCAACUCAUACCUUUUAGCCUUUGAGCUCGGCUUGUGUUGGAGCGAGGGCAUAUAUAUUUGUUGUCCUGUCUACACAUGAAGAGCAAAUCCUUUGCAUAAUAAGUGUAUACAUUCUAUGUACUGUAUGUUACUGUGCACUGUUUCUGCCUGUUCUGUACACUCCUCGUCCGUAUUUAUUCUGUGUAUUCCGUGAUUGUUGCCUGUUGUAUUUUCCACUUGGUAAUCUCUGUUUAUUUUUUAUUUGGAGUAUAAUGGAGACAUUCCAUUCCCUGUGAGGAGGGCUUCCUAUCCACCUACAGUCACAACAACACUGCUGCAUAUAUCACUGGGCCAGAUUCCUGUGAUACCAAAGUACCUUAUCAAUCAAAAAAAGCAAUGCUGCAUUUACUGGUUGGCAUUGAAGCCUUUGUAAACUAACCAUACCACAAGUGCACUGACAGAAAAAAAAAAACAUUUCAGACUCAAGAUUUAAAGAACUGGCAAGAAGCAACACAGGCUACAUCUGAAAGUAUUAACAGAGUUAAAUUUUGUAAAGUUUAAUUUCACUCAGCGUAGACAUAACAGAGAACCAAUGGGAAUAAGUCGGCUACAAUCAUGACCAAGGGUAAAGUUAUAAAUCGUAACAGAUGGUAAUGAUCUUGAAGGUGUUUGUUAGCGCACCCUAAAUACCCUCAAAGGGUUUUGUAUUUAUUUUGCUCCAACUGACUCUGGAAAAAAAGGACAUCAAGAGAAAGUAUUAUUUAUAACUGUUAAUACUGUUAAGAUCUAUUUAUGUAUUAAUGUAAUGUAAUUAGAUUACGGUCUAAUAAUUUCCAGACUCACUAAGGAACUGUACUUGUCGUGGCAGCUGGAUAUUGAUUUUUAUUUGCUGUAACAUCAAAUAAAUCUGCCAGGAUGAUGAUA